GUGAUGUAGAGAUCAGAACGAGAAACACGACCACGAGCCAUCAUAAGAUCUUUGAACUGAAAACCGCAGAGAAAAUCUAAUACCACUGCCUGCCCCUAUCAUAAAUAGUUCUGUUUGUGUGUGUGUUUGUGAACAACCCCUCCUCAGUACGCCAUAAAAAAAGCAUUCGCUUCCAACUUUUUUUUUUGCCGAACAGUGUCCCAACAACCCCCAAAGCUGCAGCCGUCAUCCAGACAGGAUAAAUUCACCUCUCCUUGCUUCGGUAAGCCGAACCUUGUGUGUCACAUGGAGGUGAAAAAAGUUCCCUGAAUUUUAGUGCUUAAGAAAAUCGAUUGCUUUGAAGUGCGACGAAAACAGUGAGCAAAGGAAUAAAAUAUUCCCUUUCGAAAUACGGUGGCUGCUUCUGGUGGUUGGUGUCUAAUUUUAAAAGCAGAUCAUUUUCCCAUCAAUUAGUGCAAGUGAAGUGAGCGUGAAAGAGUGAAUCGGGCGGGUGGAAAAUUAAAAAUAAAUAACGAGAGAGAAAAAAUCGAUCCGGCAGGAAGCUCCCACUAGUCCCAUGUGUGGAAAAAAAGGAUGAAAGCCAAGGAAUGGCAAUCGGUGUAUGAAUGUUGGGUUCACGCGUGACACGAGAAGAAAGCUGAGGAAGCGCAGCAAAAGUUGUUCGAGAAGAAAAAUAAGCGGAUUCGAAAUUUCUCUGUGAUUCUUAGGUUAAAAAUACGAAAAAUUCAAAUAGCACAUACAACAACAACAAAAUAAAGGCAAAAGAGUGCAAAACAGAAAGUGAUUUUCCCUCGGCGAGUAAGUGACACUUGUGAGUUUUCACGCUCUCCCGUUUGAAACGAGACGAGAAAAGCGGACAUAGAAAAUAAAUCUAAUUGAAAGAGAAUCCUCUGUGAUCAUUACCGAAGGGCAGCCAUGACGACCGCCAGUGCACAGCAGCCGGCAAUGGCCUCCUCCAGCGCCGCAAACACCCAGCGGAUGGGUUCGAUAGUGCUCAAAAGCCUCUCGAUCCUGCUGGGGUUGUUCUUCAUCUUUAUCGGACUGAUGAAACUCACGCCGCACAUUAGCAAGGAUCUGCAUCGGGAUUUGCGAAAGAAUUACGUCAAAUAUGCCAAAGUGUUUCCGUUCUCAUCGAUGUUCGAUUUUAAGCUGCCCUCCAAGUGGUACCGCCGAUCGGUCGGCGGGCUGGAGGUACUCUGUGGCCUAGCGAUGGUGCUCAUUCCGAAUCAUAAAAUCAAAAACGCAGCCAACGUGACCCUGCUGACGCUGAUGUUCCUAGCCGUGUACUCGCACUACAUGGUGAGUGAUCCCUUCGAACGCUGUGGACCAGCCCUAGUGUUUACCUUCAUGCUUAUCGGCCGACUAGUGAUAUGGUACCAGGCCAGCCGACGGGAAGCCCUGAACGCUGCAGAAAAGGCCACCAACAAUGGCGUCAAGCAGGACUAAACAACGCAACGUUGGCAAUCUUUGAUCUCAUCAAUUAAGAAACGUUUAACCAAAAAAUCAAGCAUCAAACUUAUGCACGCACUCACAGAUCCUAGGUUAUUUCUCUGGAUGACGCAGAAAAACGUUUACGGAAAAUUAAAACGAAACAAGAUCGCGGUUGAUGUUUCUCAUAUGUCUCACUCCCGUACAUACACACUCGAUUAUCCUGUAACAAAAAUGGAUAUCAAAAAGAAGAAAAGAAAAAUAAUAUUGAAGAGACUAGUCGAAAAACAUUACUUUUUUUUGUUCUAUUUAUCACGACCAGUGCAGAGCUGGAAUAUUCUGCCACACCUUUACGUAAUCAAUAUGUUCCUCGUUCCUCUUUUUGCAUGCUAUCUAAAAAUCAAUCCAAAAAAAGGCAACUUAUUCUCUUUCCAUCGAUGCCGACUUACAAUCUAGAAACGACGAAAACGAUACUACCCUUGUUACAAUCCUUACAAUCAUAGGCAACGGGGAGGAACUACUUCUGUGAAGAGAAUACAAUGUUUGUUUAUAGUUAAAUGUGUUCAUUUAGUCAAACGCAGCUCAUCAGAAAUAUCUCUAGUCAGUUGUUGAAUUUCUUUUGGGCCAAACUUGGCAUCAAAGUUUCAAAAUCUAAUUCUUAUCUAUUUUGAAGAUAAGCUUAAAAGACUUCAGCAAAUGUGUUUCUGUUUGAAUUGUAGUGCAUCAAAAAUGGAAGUUACGUAAGAGCAAAAAGAAAAUCACAUCGCAAGUAAUCAUGCAAAUACAUAGUGCACACAAAUUGUUUCAAAUAGAAUGUAAGAUCAUAACUUAAUAGAAAACAAAAAUGAACAAGAAGCAUUACACAAUAUUAUGAAUACUGUAUUAUUACUAUUGAGAGCAAACAGCACAUCUUCUAUUUGGAAAAAUGACUGUGGACAUGUGUUUUUUAAGUAAUGAAAAGUAAGAGGAGAUAACGAAAACAUUUUAAUCAACUUAAGAAGAAGAAGAAAACAAACAAGAGAGCAAAAAAGACAAGUUUUAAGCCAAAGUCAGUGCACAAGAUAAACGUCGUAUGAAGUUUGAAUGGAACAAGCACUUAAAACAA